AUGAGUCGACAGUGCUACACCUCCAGCUCUCUCCUGGGAAGACGGGGCUUUUCCUCCGCGUCCGCCGUCUGCGGCCUCGGCCGGGGCAACAGCAGCUCAGCCUCCGUCUGCCAGCCGGUGGGACGGAGCGGGGUCUACGGCGGUGCCAGCGUCGGACGUUGCGGCGUGGCUUACGGCGGAGGCCGCUUUGGCAUGGGCACGGUCGUGGGGUUUGGUAACUGCGGAAGCUACGGGGGCCUGGGCAGCUACAGAGGUCUCGGGGACGGCGUGGCUAUCGGAGGCUUCGGCGGCGGCAUUGGCAUCAGCCUCGGCGGAGGUAGAUCUGAAGGGAUUCGGGGCGUCAGCAUCCACCCGGAGCUCCUCAAGCCCCUCUGCGUGGGGGUCGACCCCGAGGAGUGCCAAGUGCGGACCCACGAGAAAGAGCAGAUCAAGAACCUCAACAACCAGUUCGCCUGCUUCAUCGACAAGGUCCGGCUGCUGGAGCAGCAGAACAAGGUGCUGACCACCAAGUGGGAGCUGCUGCAGCAGUAUGUCGUCCCAGCUUCCAGGAGAAACCUGGAGCCCGUUUUCGAGAACUUCAUCUGCAACCUGAGGAAGCAGCUGGAGUGUGUGCUGGGGGAGCGAGAGAGGCUGGAAAACGAGGAGCGGUGCCUGAGGGACCUGGUUCAAGAGUACAAGUGCAAAUAUGAAGAUGAGAUUAACAAGCGCACGGCUGCGGAGAACGAGUUUGUGGUCCUCAAGAAGGACGUGGACUGUCUCUACCUGACCAAGGAGGAGCUGGAGGUGAGAGUGGGCCUCCUGCGGCAGCAGCUGGAGUUCCUGAAGUGCAUCUACGCCGAGGAGAGAGCUCAGCUGGAUUGCCAGCUGUGUGACACCUCUGUCAUCGUGCAAAUGGACAACAGCCGGGACCUGGACAUGGAGGGCAUCAUCAAAAGCGUUGAGUGCUGCUACGAGGAGAUUGCCCAGAAGAGCAAGGCUGAAGUGGAGGCUUUCUACCAAACCAGACUGGAGGAGCUCCACAGCAGCAGGGGCAAGUUCUGCGACGACCUGAGAAACAACCAGAGCGAGAUAGCCGAGCUGAACCGGAUGAUCCAGAAACUGCAGUGCGAGUCGGAUAACGUGAAGAAACAGAUCGCAGCUCUGCAAACGGCCAUCUGCGACGCUGAGCAGCGGGGCGACUGCGCCCUCAAAGAUGCCCGGCAGAAGCUGAUUGACCUGCAGACCGCACUGCAGCAAGCCAAGGACAAGAUGGCAUGCUUGCUGAGAGACUACCAGGAGCUGCUGAACGUCAAACUGGCCCUGGACAUUGAGAUUGCCACUUACAGGACGCUGCUGGAAGGAGAAGAGAGCAGGUAG